AUGCUUGAGGAAAUUAGAGUCAGAAUGAUGAGAAGGGUAGGACAACUAAGAGAGUUUUCUGAGACUUGGAUAACAAACAUCAGCCCAAUGGCUUUGAAGGUAUUGCAAGAGAACACAUCAAAGUCAAUGAAGUGUACUCUUGAAUGGAAUGGUGAAUAUGGAUUUGAGGUCAAGGACAGCUGGGGUAAUAAAUUCAUAGUAAAUCUGAACAACAAUACUUGCACUUGUAGAUCUUGGAUGCUGAAAGGUAUUCCCUGCUGUCAUGCCAUAGUUGCACUUCAUUUCAGAAAAUUGGAACCUACUGACUAUGUUGCACAUUGGUACACUAAGGACACUUACCUCAAAACAUACAACUCAUUCAUUCAACCUGUUACUAAUAUGGCAAUGUGGCCAAAGUUAACCAAUUCUCCUGUCCUCUCACCUGAGAUUAAAAAGCUGCCAGGUAGGCCAAAGAAGUGUAGAAGAAAGGAGCAGACAGAAAACAAGACAGGAAAGCUGUCAAAAAGAGGUGUUGAGAUGACCUGCAGCUUGUGCCAUGCAAAGGGUCACAAUAAGAAGGGUUGUUCUAUGAAUCCACAAUCUGUGAGGCAGAGGAAGGGUAAGGGGGAGAGGGACAAGUACUAG